AUGAGUCACCGAAGAAACACAUCUAGUGGUUCGUUGUCUGAUACACCUCCAACACCUCCUCCCAAGUUUAGGAGAUCACUCGUUGUUGCCACUACUACUCCUCCUCGCAGUUCAACCACAUCGCUAGAAGAACCGAAUCGUCUCACGGCCACUACCGUUGUCUCGCCUCCUCCAACACCUCCACCAAAACCAACAUUGUUCCUUGACACAGAAAGCGUAGAUCCCAAAUACGUCCCACAGGUGAAAUCGGCCGCUUCUGAGGCAUCUCCGCCUCGCCGACCUCCACCACCAACACCGGAUGUUCAAGACAAGCACUUCGCUAAAAGAUUGAGCAAGAUUCCCAACCGGCCGACUUCAAUACCUGAAGGCCUAGGGAUCAUAAACAUUCCGUCUCCAACAUUAUUUUACUCGUCAUUUAUUCCCGGCGCUUCGGAUACCUGGUGCGGAAUCGCCGAUCACGCGACCGACAGCCCAGCGCUUACGAGCAGGUCUUAUACACCGCGUCAACCAGUGGCGAAGACCAACUCCUAUGAUGAAACCAUCGCUAAGGGCAUGUCAGUACUAUUCGACGAAGAACCAGGAGUCGGAGUAGUUCCACUAUUUUCGACAAAAGACAGCAACAGCUCGAAUCUGGAGAAUACAAUAGUAAAGGAGACGGAGAUGACACAGGUUAUAGUGGAAGAGGUUACAGCCGAGAAUCCAGGGGAUUUAUCAGCCGCAACCGAGAACUCUAUCGAGGGCAUCCUCGACCAGCUUGGGGCAACGGAUUCUACGAAGACCGAGGAGGCGGAGAAGAUUGCUGAUAAAACUCAGGAUUCUAAGGAUGCCCUACCGGCAUACUCGAUGAAUGUUACCGUGGAAAAGGAGUCGGAAAUGAGUACUGCGGGAGAAGCAAAUAAUCGGACCACUGCUAUCCUUACGCCUACCACGAGCACUACUGGUCAGGGGUCAUCAUCCCCGAAGACGAUCAAAAAUGAGGGCGAUGAGAAACCCGCUACCAGCACAACCGAGAAGGAGGAGACACCAAAGAUCGACUCCUCAUAUCUCAAGGCGUUUAGGGGCUUUGUCAAAAGAUCUGGCGAUAGCGACCCCUUCAUCCACCGUAUGCCUCGUUUCGAUGCUCUACAAGCACAGAGAAUAUGUAGCCAUCUGAGAAACGAUUACCCUCCUGCUGCAUCGGGCAAGGGGGCAAAAUCAGGGUCGCCAAAUGGGGCCGUUACCGCCACCGCCCGACAACGAGAGGCUGAAGAAGGGAUCCUGACUAGUCUAUGGGCCUUGAUGGCACUGAGAUGGAUGAACUUUGGCAGGGUUGUUAUUAGUCCUGGGCACGAGACUUUGUUGGCUGCUUCCGCAAAGCGUCUGACUAGACGUGCGACUACGAAGAUGGAUCAGCGUGCUACGCAGAUGCUUGAGAACGUCUCAAGCGAGGUCCGCACGGGAAGUCACGAGCGCAGACGUGUCCUUGAUCUCGGUGGAGCACCUGUUGCCGACUGGGGAUGGCAUUGUGCCUACGACUAUCCAAAAGCAAAGGUUUACACCGUAACAACCGGGUCCCGGCCAAAGCAACAGUCCGAAGGUGAAGAGAAGACAACUGGGGCCCCAGACAAGUGCCGGGGACCACAGAACCACCGCCCUCUCGUGGUGUCAAAGUUGUGGAAACUCCCAUUCCCCCCGAACCACUUUGACGUGGUCUCGGCGCGCAGUUUGUACCUAACACUGAAGGCAACCGUCCCAGAAAACUCACCAAAUCUCGGCAUGGACGAGUAUGACCUCUGCCUCGAGGAGUGCCUCCGCGUACUGAAGCCAGGUGGACAUCUUGAGUUCUCCCUCUUCGACAAUGAUAUUGUAAACGCAGGACCACUCGGAGCUGAGCUCGCAGCUAAGUUCUCCAAAGGCCUCGAGUCAAAAGGCUACGACGCAACUCCUACAAAACGUUGGGUCUCCCGCCUGAAUAGGGCCGGUUUUGGCGAAAUUAAGCGCAGCUGGAUCUUCCUCCCCAUGUCCCCGCCCAGCGCGAAACCGAGAGUGCCCUCUAAGGGCGAGAUGCAACUACCACCUCAUGAGUCACAGGAUCUGGAAAUGGUCAAAGAGGAGGUCCGUAGGAAACUCAAGGCAUGGGAAGAUCUCGGUGUCGAAAACGGCAGCGUGGAGAAUGUUUCUCCCGUCACUGGAUUAGUAGGCAGUUGGAUUUGGGAGAAGUGGAUGCUGAAGACUGAAGGAGAGAGUGGCGACGAGUGCGAUCUUGCCAUCGGCACAAUCGGAGACGUGCUCGAAGAAGGGAGAGAGAGGGGCUCUGGGUGGAGGUGCCUGGUCGGAUGGGCUAGAAAACCAAUGUUUGCUGGGGAGCAUUAGGGUUGGCGUAUUUUGGAUUUUUGUCUUUCAUUUUUUUAUCUUUGGUUCGGUGGGGUUUAUCACUAUCAUGCGCUUUUCUUCUCUUUCUUGGAACCAAAAAAAAAAAGCUCUCUCCCGCCUUUCCCCCCCCCAUGGCUUUCCGGGAGCGGUAAAUUUAUAGGGUGGACGGACUUGAUGGGUUUGGUUGGUUUGGUUUGGUGGAAUUUUAGGUUAAUCAUACGGUGCGGAUUGGAUGGCGGGCUGAUGUUUUUUUUUUUGUUCAUCCCAGAGACUUUUCUCUUAUCAUACCUUGUAUUUUUUUACGUUUCAUACCUGCAAGAUUUCUCUUUUCAUUUUCCGAUCAGUACAGUCUCCUUUCGGUGUCCGGAGUGUUGGUGUGGGUUUCGUUUCGUUUCCGUCAGUGGCCCCCUCUCUUCCUCUCUCUUGAGCAUUUCCUUGUAUAAUUUAUCAUCACUAUCACACCACAUCCCUAACCUUGCGGCAUUUAUUCCCUUAUGAUAUUGUGUCAACUUUGCUUGCUUAGUUAAUUGCUUGCUUAGUUAAUUUCUUGCUUCUUUCACUCUUUCUUCCUUUCUUUCUUCCUCAUUUCUCAGGGCCGAGUGCACUCCCUUGAGGUUGUGGCUAUUUAUUUGUUUAUUCGGAGGGUUUUAAAAAAAGUACCGGUAGAAUUUCGUAUUAAA